AGUUUAGAUGUCUGGGUGGCUAGAGGCUAUAAGCGAUAUCUUCCAGAUAAUAUUAUGGUAGUAGUAGAAUAAAAACAUCAGUUUACGUAAGUUUUAUGUAAGUAUGUAAUUAUAAUCAGUUCACUUCAAUUACUUAAUUAUAUAAAUUAUAACACAAAUAGUAUUUUUCAAAGAAUUUUGUCUCUUCUCCGAUCUCAUUUUUAUCCGAUUAUUAUUCAAAUCCGUAUUCAGUCGUGACCCCACCGCGUUAACGUUCACUGCCGCAUAUCGUACGCGCUCCGUGCGACGUUGCCGCUCCAUCCGCGCUCGUCCCGUCGCCCACUCGCCCCGCCAGUCGUCCCGUUACAGUCUCGGAAACUGCACGCUUCGCUUCGCGUCCAAUGUCAAAAGGACGCAAGAAUCGAACCGGUGUUCGAAAUUCAAAAUAAAAAGAGUUGAAAAUCGCGUUCGUAACGAAUGAAUUGAACGAUUUGUUGAAAAUGCCUUUGCCUUUUAAUAAGAGUUUGGACUUGAAAUUGUUAGCUUUAGUGAAAGAGAAUUCUAUAUUGUAUAAUACUAAACAUCCGAGAUAUUUGGAUUUUGAUGCCAGAGAAGUAGUUUGGCAGAAGAUUGGGGAUGCUCUUAACAGAUCCGACCAAGUGUGCAAAGCGCGCUGGAUCAACAUCCGCGACAUGAUGCGCCGAAAAAUCCGCGAACGGCUACGGAACCCUCAACACCGCUCAUACAACUACAAAUACGAAGAAGAGAUGUCCUUCAUGAUUCCAUACUUUAAGGAUUCUAAUACUAGCAACGAGGAAUACACUGACUUUAUUGAAGAGGACACGCCCUGUGACGACAUAUCACCAUCCGAUGUAUUCGCCGACGUUGAAUCCUACCAGCCCAAGGAAUCCAAACCAGUUAUCAACACCAUUAAACCUAAAGAGGAUUUCCAGAACCAGUUCCAAGAUCUAAACCCAGCUGAUCCUAUAGACGUCUUCCUGAUUACUAUAGGAUCUACCCUAAGGAGAUUUAGUCCGUAUUAUUUGAAUCAGGCGAAGAGUAAGAUAUUUCAAGUAGUGCAGGAUUAUGAGUUGCAGCAAAUAAUGAAUAAAGAUGAUAAUUUAAAUGCUUCGAGCAGUGAUGCUAGGUAGUUAGGUUGUAAGUGAAUAAAUAGUUGUUAUAAUUA